AUGUCUACUUGUAAUAUGACUACAGUAUCUAGUUCGAGUUAUGCAAAAACUUCCCUCGUUGACGAUUCUGCUUCAAGCACUAAUAUAACUAAAACAGAUAAUAGAAAACAACAAAACAGUCAGUACAAAUGUUUAAAACCACUAUGCCCCAUCCACCAUGGACCUCCACCAAAAGUUUAUGCUAAACGAAUGCCUGCAUUACAGCCACGUAAAGAAUUGCCAAAAUCGCCAUUAAUUCCUUUAUUAAAUAUUCCAAAAAAAAGUAGAUGGUAUCAAUAUAAGUUUACAAAAAAGGUAAUAACUCCAUUAAAAACUAAUGAAGUUAAGAUAACCGACUCAUUCACAGAAUCAGCAAUUAAAAACUUAGUUAAAAAGAAUGAUUCACAUUAUAAACCAGUUAGUUCAAGUACAAUCUCCGGUGAGAAAUUAAUAUCAUUUGUUGCAUCUACAAGUGACAUAAAAACCAAAUAUAGAAUGGAACCACAAUUCGAAAAGUUUUCAUAUCAUAUUGAAAGUGAUUCAAAUCGAAAUGCUACCAUCAAAAAACUAGUCAAUGAAACUGGAAUGAAAGCAUUCGUAAGCAAUCCAAACUUAAAAAUUGAAAAAGAUUCCAAAAUAAUUCCCAAAAUUUCCGUGAAUGAUAAUACAAUCAACAUUCCGGAAAAUAGAAAUGUUGCAACAUUAAUAAUAGAAACGAAUCGUGGUACACCUAUUAUGAACGUAAUUUCGCAAACAAAUAUCAAUGGAAAUUUUAAAGAAAAUUAUAAUAUAGCAAACAACGUUAACUAUAAUGCUUCAAUAGCAAACACUACUGCUGAAAAUAUUACCCAAGAAAAUAUUCAGAAUUCAGGAAUUACAACGGAUAAAAUACAUACUUUCCCGAAUAAUAUUAAUUAUCUUUUAACAAGCACUGCAAGCCAAACUGAUAUUCAGAAAAUAGAAAAUUCACCGAUUAUGAAAACCAGCGAAAAUCAUAUACCUGAUGUGAAUAAUACAUAUACAAUGGGAAAGUCAACGACUGAUCAAAAUACUGCAUCCAAUAUUGUCAUACCCGAUGCAUUGACUACAAAUACUACGGCCAGACAGAAUAAUUCUAACGAUGAUAAACCACCUUCAAAUAUUUCACCCAUAACUACCAACUAUGGAGAUAUCAAUAAAUCGGACACUGCGUCAAAUACAGAAACUUAUCAGAAUAUUACCUCCGUUAGCGAUAUUCGUGAUUCAUCAACUGCAAAUAGUACAACAAGUAGCGAUAACCAUGAAAAUAUACAAAAAUCAGAAGUACCAACGGCUAUAGACAUUACUCAAAACAUUAUCCCAACUAUUAUUCUCAGUAAAACCAUAGAAAUGCCCAAAACUUCAUCAAUCGUAGAAACUACUUUCCCAAAUAGUGAUAGUGAGGCGCCUGAUGCAUUGACUAUAGUUCAUGCCAUAGAAUCGUACCCAUAUGUUGCUCCAAAUAGUCGCAAUCAUAGUAUGUCUACAGAAGAAACUAUAGCUCAAAAACAUACUCAUAACAACACUGAAAAAUUAAAAACUCCCGAAAUUAUGGAAAAUACCCAAAAUACCACUCUUAAUGGAAUUCAAAAUGAUGAAUCAUGUGUAAAUGCAGUCUAUAACAAUCAUGAGUAUAUUAAAAAAUUAGAAACUUCUCCUAUUGUGGAAGUUACUCCAAAUAGUGUUAGCGUUUUAGUAAAUUCUAAAAUCCAAGAAAAGAUUAAAAAUCUAGAAACAGUAUUGACAACGGAAAACCACCCAGUAUUGAUAACGGAAAAUCAACAUACUUCAGCUAAAUACAGUGUCCCUGAAAAUGUUCAAAAAUAUUUAUCAAAAAUAGAAUCGGAUGGAAGCACUCAACAAAUUAAUACUCCUCAUAUUGAUACUACACCGAAUACUGUAGCUCAGAAAUGUUUGGAAUGUUCAAAUAAUCCAAAAAUAUCAUCGGUUAUGGAAAAUCAUCAUAAUAAUACCGCUUAUAGUGUAAACUAUAGUGGAUUGACUACAAAUACUACAGCUCCAAAUAAUACCCCUGAAAAUAUUCAAACGUGUUUGAAAUGUUCUAAAAGUUCAUUGAGUAUCGAAAAUCAACAAAAUCAUAUCCCCCAUAGUAUACAAUAUAGUGAAUCGCCUAUAAAUACUAUAGCUCCAACUCAUAGCCCUGAAAAUGUUCAAAGUUAUUUGAAAUGCUCAAAAAGUUCGAAAAUGACAAUGGAUAUGGAGCCUCACCAAAGUAAUUGUCCUCACAAUAUAAGUUAUUGUGCAUUAUAUACAAAUAAUACAAGCAUAGGAACUCAUGAAAAUAUCCCCCAUUGCACCAAUGCCUGUGCAUCAAAUGCAGGUAAUAAUACCCCAAAUAUUAUCCCUGAAAGUAUUGAUUAUAGUGCAUGUACAAAUAUGACAGCUACAAUCACAAAUACUACAGCUGAAAAUAAUAUCUAUGAAAAUGUUCAAAAUUGUCCGAGACAUUCAAAAAUAGCGUCGGAUAUUGUAAUUCACCAAAAUAUUUUCCCUGAAAAUAUUGAUUAUAGUGCAUUUACAAAUAUUACAGCUACAACGACAAAUACUACAGAUCAAAAUAAUAUCUAUGAAAAUCUGGCACUGGGUAGGCGAGGCUAUCAAAAUCAUAAUCCUGAUUAUAAUGCAUUAACAACGAAUAUUGCAGCUAAAAAUAAUCAUGAAAGUGUUCAAAAAUGUCUGAAAUGUUUAAAAGCGACAUCAAAUAUGGAAAAUUCUCAAAAUAUUACUCAUCACAAGGCUAAUUAUAGUCCAUCAAUUACCAAUACUGAUGUUCAAAAUAAUAUCGCUGGAAACAUUCAAAAAUCAUUGGUCUCCCUACCACAGAAUAACUACUAUGCAUCAACUGUAAAUACUGCAUAUUAUAAUAAUUCUCCAAAAAACGCCCGUGGUACUGUUUACAGUACAGUAACUACAAAUACCACAAACCAAAACAAUAGCCAAGAAAAACUUCAAAACCAUUCAAAUAUGAUUGGGAAUAUGGGAACCCAUCAGAAUUACGUUCCACAAAUUUGUUCUAGGUGUGCGAAAACGGUAUGGGAUAGAAAAAUUUAUGAAAACAGUAUCUGUCAUAGAUUACAUAAUUAUGAUGUACCAACUAUUAAUACUAUAGCCCCAAAGAAGUGUAUUUAUGAACAUAUUAAACAAUUAGAAACAGCUUCGGUUAUGGGAACUUAUCCAGGCGUUAUUCCAAAAUGUAAUAAUUAUGAGACUUCAACUUCAAGUAUUACAACUAAAAAUAAUUUCCAUGACAAUAGCUCUAAAUGCACAAAAUGUUCAGGAACAGUAUGGAUCGUAGGAAAUCAACUAAAUCUAAACAACCAGCAUAUGACAGUACCAAAAAAUGUUGUUGAUAAUAUUGCGAUAAGUACUCCCCAAAAGAAUGCCACUGAAAAUAUUCAAAAUCAUAGUAUGCCCUUUGCCACGGGAUUAAAUGCACAUAUACCAAAUAAUGCACCAGUAGUAAAUAAUACUAUAAGCCAAAACAAAGAAAAUAUUCAAAAAACAGAGGCGACGUUGAUUGUCCAGGGGAGUACAAAAAAUGCUCCAUUCAUAACAAGCUCAAAUGAUCUACAGAAACUGUCGAUAGGAACAAAUCAAAAUAAUAUUAUCCCAUGUAAUGUUAACAAAACGCCAGGUGUAGUGAAAAAUGAAACUACUUCGAAUAUCAAUGUUAGUAAUGAUAAUAAUAUAGUUAAGGGUAAAACCAACGACAAAAUUUUAAAUAUACAUCAAAUUUCAUUUGAUAUUCCAAAUAAUAAAACUCUUGAGAAUAUUAAACUUCUAAAUAAAACAAAAACGGAUAAUACUCAAAGUAAGAAAGAUGAUUGGCUUACACACACCAAUGAUCACGGUAGGCAUAGAUCCGUUCAACGUUUACUUCUAUCAAGAAAAGCAAUUAGAAAGGCGAAUAGUAGAAAAACACUUACAAAUCCUUAUCUUAGAAAACUAAUCAAAAUUAAUUUAGCGAAUAUCAAAGCAGCUAAUGUGGUUCGUUUAAAAAAAUCAAUUCCAAAAGAACAAAUUAGUACAACAAAUGAUUCGUUAUCUCAUCAUAUUUCACCUAGUCGAACGAUUCAAGACAAUUCGGAAUUGAAACUGAAGUCUGAAAUAGCAACAUUGGAAAAACCAUUUCAAGAAUCACCUAAUUCAAGCAAUAUGUAUUUACCAAAUUUACAAAAUGUUGCACCCAUUUUAAUAAAACGCAGCAUUGAAACACAAUUUAAAAAACUAAAAAAUAAAAACAACGAAGAAUUGAAAGAGGAAAAAUAUUUGGAAAAUUCUGAAGCAAAAGAAGAUACUAAAAAACUAAAUACAGAACAAUUUACAAUUAAAUCCUUAACGCGAGAUAUAAUAAGUAAAGAAAUUGUAAAUGAACAGAAAAGCACAUCGCUAUUCGAUAAAGUAAAUCAAACGUCGAAGCAAGUUAGAAAAGAAACUAAUGAAGAAGUAAUUCCUAGAAAAGUAACUGCAACAGAAGCAACUUCUAAACAUAAAAAAUGUCAUUCUAAAAUUGAGCAUGCAGAAGCACAAACACAAAUUGAUAACAGGCAGGCUCCUUCAUUAAAUUCAACAGAUCUCCUUGAGAAUAAUUCAGAAUUUGGAAAAAAUCGAACAUCGUUGAAUGUUUCAGCAAUUGCAAUAGGCUCGGAAAUAAAAGAAAAUAAUUCUAAACUAGAACCCGUUAAAUACGAAUCGCAAACUGAAAAGGUUGGGGUAAUCAUCGCUAAACAUAAAAGGCGCCCUAAAAUUGAAGACGUUCAAACUCAAACCAAUAUAAAUAAAAAACAGCAAAAUUCGUUACAUGCAUCAAUUUCUCAUGAAUUCGAAAAUAAUCAUUCUACAAGAGAGCACAUUCAAGGUCAAUCUCAAAUAAGAAGAAAACGAAUGUCAUUAAAUGUUAAUCUUUCGCCAGGAGAAGUUUCUUCUAAAUCGGAUAAAAAUGAGUCUAAAUCAGGGCAUGUAGAAUAUCGAUUGACAACUAAAUCUAAAGCAGGACCUGUUGAAUAUCGAUUCCAAUCCGAAAUGAAUAAAAUGCCAUCUAAAGUUAAUAAAUCAUCAAAUAUAGAUUUUCGUAAAUUAAAUAAAAACACUCCAUCUCUAACUUCAACAAAAGCAAUUAUUUCUUCAAAAAGAGAUUCGAGAGCACAAUCUAUCAAAAUGGAAGAAUCAAAAAAUACAACAAAUGAUUCUUCAAAACUUACACCUGUAUGUAGUUGCAUAAAAAUAAUCAAAAGGAAAAAAUCAAUGAAUGCGGAUAUAAUACCAGAUAAAAAUAAAGAAAAACAGUCUGUAACAUCUCAAACGCAAACAAUUGAUAAUAAUUUGAAUAAAAAAGUUGUGAAUUCCAUAAAAGAUACUCCUCAAGUUUUAGUUUCGAAAAAUCCUAAAGCAAAUGUUAUAUUGGUACAAGAACAUUUCUCUGCCCCAAACAACGAAGAAAGUUUAGCCAAAUACACAAUAUUAAAUCCAAAAAAAUCACCUACAGAAAGUGAUCCAUUAAUAAAACAAAAUAACGAAUUCAAUGCAAGUAUUCUAAAACAAGAUAAUACAAAAAUUACUUAA